UUCAACAUCACCAUGGCCCCUCAGGAACCUCUCUAUAUUGCGAUCGCUCAGCGCAAGCAAGCUGAACUAGCGUCGGCUAUUCCUGCUGAAUGGCGUCUACCGGCUCAUCUUAUCCCAGAUGGGAUGCUCUCACCAGCCGAAUCCAUCACCGAAGGUCCGAAGCUAUACGGCCGAGUCAAUGUGAUGGAUAUUCCACGGACCUGCGGUAUUCUCACAUCCAAAGAGCUUGAAAUCACUGAGAAUUAUGACGUACGUGGGUUAGUAUCUGAGAUGACAGAGGGAAGACUAAAGGCUCAGGAAGUGAUUCGUGGUUUCUGCAAGAGAGCUGCGGUUGCCCACCAACUCACCCGCUGCCUGACAGAGCCCUUGUUUGACAGUGCUCUGCGCCGAGCUCGGGAAUUGGAUGAUUAUCAUGCACGCACAGGCAGACCCGUCGGCCCCUUCCAUGGCCUUCCUGUUUCGGUCAAGGACACAUUCUUCGUUCAGGGGGUUGACUCAAGCAUUGGACUUUCUGCGCUGGCAUUUCAACCUGCACAAGAGAAUGCGCCACUGGUAGAUCUUCUCCAGUCUCUCGGCGCAAUUGUGAUCGCCAAGACAAAUAUCCCGCAGACCCUCGCAACCCUAGACAGCUGCAAUCACCUCUUUGGCCGAACACUUAACCCACUGAAUCGCCAAUGGACUGCCGGUGGCAGUACAGGUGGCGAAGGUGCGCUGAUUGCGAUGCGCGGGUCGAUGGUGGGAUUCGGUACUGAUAUCGGCGGUAGCAUUCGCGUUCCGGCCAUGUGCCAGGGUAUCUAUGGCUUCAAGCCUAGUAAUGGACGCGUACCAUUUGGUGGGCAACAAAGUGGGCAACUGGCUGGCAAGGGUCGGAUUACGUUACAGGCCGUGGCAGGUCCCCUUGCUCGCUCUGUCGCCGAUCUGGGGACUGUCAUGGCUGAAAUAGUGCCUCGAGCGGAACUUUUUGGCGAAGAUUGUAUCCCUGGAUAUUGGCCUGCGCCUAAAGUUUCUGUGUCUCCACCUCAGAGAAACUUCACUAUCGGUAUUUUGAAGACGGAUGGCGUAGUCACGCCGCUGCCCCCGAUUAUUCGUGUGCUCGAUGAGGUUGCCGAGCGCCUUAAGAACGCAGGUGUCAAUGUUGUGGAAAUCCCGCUUCCUCCAGUACUGUCACAGUGUCAGGGUCUUGCUGGUCGGCUGAUGGGAGCGGAUUAUGGAGCUACGAUGCUUGACCAUAUUGAUAGUAUGCGCGAGCCUUUGAUGCCUUGGCUGCAAAAUCGCAUGAAACGUCGCAAACCUAUAGAACUCACGCAGCUUGCAGCUUUGCAAGCUAAGCGUUCGGAGAUUGAAAAGGAAAUGCUGAAAAUGUGGACUUUAUCGUCGAGCUCCCGUGCCCGGCAAGUCGAUGCUAUUGUUUGUCCUGUGGCUCCACAUCCAGUGCCACAGAUGGAUCGAUACAAUGCUGUCGGCUAUACAUCAACUUUUGUCCUGCUGGAUUAUCCAGCUGGUGUGGUACCCGUGCGGCCUUUUGCAGAGUCUGAUCUUGAGCUUGGGCGUGAGAUGGAUUAUCCCGUGAUUGGGGGCUGGGAUGAGGCCAAUCGACAGUUGUGGAAUGAGAAAACGGUUGAUCGUCGCAUCUAUCUGGAAUCGCCCCUUAGCGUUCAGGUCAUUACUCCAAAGCUCCAUGACUAUGAACUAUUCCAGGCGAUGGACAUUAUUGAUCGGGCUCUACGGGGGCAUUCAAAAACCGCUGCAAAGCUAUGA